AAGGCGACGCGUCUCCGUUGGGCUUUCGUCGCUCCUCUCGUUUUUAAUUAUUAUUAUUAUUAUUGUUAUUCCCCCUCCCCCCUUUCUCCCCCCCCGCGGCCUGGAAGGAAAUUGAAGGGAAACCAGGCCUGUUCCGGACAAACCCAGAUUGAUGAGUACCAAUGCAGAAAUAGUGAAUGAAAACAAAGCCAUGACGAUCAAUACAAGCACAGGGCCAAUAGAAACUUCUAUCAAGCAUUUUCCUUUUAAAGCUCCAAGCUUUAUUCAUUCUGGAACUGGAGGCGCAGCAGCUGGCAAGAAGAAUAGAACAUGGAAGAAUCUGAAGCAAAUCCUUUCUUCAGAAAGAACACUGCCGUGGCAAUUAAACGAUCCAAGCUACUUCAGUAUUGAUGCUCUUCCUUCAUUUAAACCAGUCAAAAAAUAUUCUGAUAUUUCAGGACUUCCGGCAGCCUACACCGAUCCUCAGAGCAAACUGAGAUUUAGUACAACAGAAGAGUUUGCCUAUAUCAGAAUGCUUCCUUCAGAUGUUGUUUUGGGCUACCUUACGCUAAGGAAAGCAACACAUGUUGUUCCCUGAAAAACAAAAAGAAAGCCAUCGUUGUCUCCUUUAAAAAUGUAGGGUGUAUCCUACUGAGUGCACAGAAUGUAUGUUGUCAAAUGAUAAAUGUUAUCCGUUCAACUAAAGUAGGGGUAGGCAACCUUGGCUCUUUUAUGACUUAUGGACUUCAACUCCCAGAGCCAGCAUGAGAAUUCUGGGAGUUGAAGUCCAUGAGUCAUAAAAGAUCCAAGGUUGCCUACCCCUGAACUAAAGUAAUGUAUUAUUAUUGAUUCAGUGUGGAUGUUUAUUUUUCCAUUUUUUUCAGUGAUAUUGAUUAUAGUGAACAAUAUGCCCAACCUUUGUUAUCACUGCACUGGUUAUGUUGAAAUUAGUAGGACUAAAAUAUUACUUGCAAAGGGUUUAAUAAUCAAUUUCUUAAAACAGA